CAGGAAGUAUUUUGCUGUGACGAGAGCACAUGCGCCGCUCAUCAUCAUCACAUCACAUCACAAUCAUGCAGCAGACACACAACUACACUCAUAAUUUAGUGCAAUCUGUAUGUGUGUGUUAUCAGUAGAGAUGCUGAACCAUGCGUAUGACUGUGGCGCUCUUCUGCCGUCAUGCACCUGAAGUCUUCAUGCGAGACUUGAAGAAUUGUAUUGGAAUUAUGAUUGAAUGAUGGGUCAAAAUGCAAGCUACAUUGAAUACGGGUCAUGGAAAAUUUAGAAAACUCGACAGAUUGCAAGGAGACUGUCUCUCCAUUAAACAAUUCAGGGUCUAUACUGAACAGCACCGUCUCCCGUCAUGAAGCUAUGGGAUUUGUGCUGGUGCAUGCAGGGGCAGGGUAUCAUUCAGAAUCCAAAGCCAAGGAAUACAAACAUGUGUGCAAGAGAGCUUGCCAGAGAGCUGUGGACAGGCUCAGAGCUGGAGGACUGGCGCUGGAGGCAGUGACAGCAGCUCUUUUAGAGCUAGAGGACUCCCCGUUCACCAAUGCGGGCACCGGUUCCAACCUGAACAUCUCGGGUGAGAUUGAGUGUGAUGCCAGCAUCAUGGAUGGGAAAUCCUUAAACUAUGGAGCCGUUGGAGCCUUGAGCGGAAUCAAGAACCCAGUGCUGGUAGCCAGAAGACUAUUAAGUGAAACUCAGAAGGGGAAGCUAUCAGCUGGCAGGAUCCCUCCCUGUUUUUUAGUGGGCAAAGGAGCAGAACAGUGGGCUGUCAGCCAUGGUAUCCCAGCAUGCCCUACAGAGAAGAUGACCACCAAGUUCAGUUUGUCAGGCUACAAGAGGAACAAGAGGAAGAUGGAGCUGGCAGAGCAGGUUGAGACGAAGAGGAGAAAACAAUCUCAUGAGAACGAUUUUGGCUGCUUGGAGCCAGUAGGAGACAUCAUGGUGGAAGGUGAGGAGAAUAACUCGGCCUGUCUGGAUACAGUUGGUGCGGUCGUAGUGGAUCGGGAAGGAAAUGUGGCGGCUGCGGUAUCCAGCGGAGGGCUGGCCAUGAAACACCCGGGUCGGGUUGGACAGGCUGCUCACUAUGGGUGUGGCUGCUGGGCUGAAAACGCCCGAGACGUCAGCCUUUACUCUACAGCUGUGAGUACCUCAGGCUCUGGAGAGCACCUGAUUCGCACCAUGUUGGCCAGAGAGUGCUCUACUGCCAUGCAGACUGAAAACGCACACCAGGCCCUACUGGAGGCUAUGCAAAACAAAUUCAUCAGUUCGCCGUUCUUGGCUGGCGAGGACUGUGUUCUGGGUGGGGUGAUUGUUCUGAGGUGCUGCUCUUGUGGAGAAGCCCAGCGCUCUGAAGACAUCCAGGCUCUGCUGGUGGAGUUUCUAUGGAGCCAUACUACAGAGAGCAUGUGUGUGGGGUAUAUGUCUGCCCAGGACAGUAAAGCCAGGACUCACAUAUCCAGACUUCCUCCUGGGGCGGUGGCCGGACAGUCGCUGGCAAUCGAAGGUGGAGUCUGUCGACUUGGGACCACGAGUGACUGAAGCGGUGUGAAAUCAUCCUCUAUUUCUGCAGCAAUAUGCCAGCGCCAGGAUCUUUAUAGCAAGAGCUUGAUGUUGUGUCAUUGUGGGACACAAUUAUAAAGGGACAAAAAUGUUGCAAUAUGUCUUUUCUUCCAUCUUUUUCUUUAUUGCACAGAUAUAAAAAACAUUUAUUCAUUUAUUCACAAUUUCCUUUUCUAAAAGCUACCAUGCUACUUUUGCGCUCCAUUCAUGGGCAUAGCAUAGACAGUGUCAUCUGUUUUACUGUCACUUGAGAGGGGGGGGGGGGACAAGGUUAGCAGGGUAAUUUGCGGUAAAAGGUGUCUGCUAAGAAACUAAGUCAUGCCAAGUGCACUUCAGGACUAGUGCACUGCUCUGGUUUUAGUGGGCUUCCAAGAAACUCAGCUUCUAGUAUGUGCUGGACAAGACUUGAUGCUCCAUUUCUAUUCCUCUCUGAAACAAUAUGCACCGUCCUUUUCAUUGUAAAUAAGCUAAAGGUUGUUGAAACAGGGUGGCCAUUAAUGUAAGCGGUGUACUUGACGUUUAAUAUUACUUUUACUAUUAGGUUUUAUAUAUAGUUAAGAUGCUUGUUUUGUGCAAAAGUUCAGUUUAGUAACUCAUAUUGAAGGUCUGAACGUUUCAGAUCUGAGUGGAGAUAUUUGACACGUGUGUUUGAUGUGAGUCUGGUUGAGUCGCAAAUACGUAUAUGCAGCGUGGAAUACAGGAUAAAAUCCUUUAUGAAAUUUACAAGAAUUGCUUUUUCAUUUGAAUUUUUUAAAGCUAGGUAUAGCAGUUUAGAAUAAAAUUGUCAUUUGCUUAAUCUCAUGUCAUUUUAAACCUGUAUAACAUAGUUUCUUCUGCAGAACACAAAAGGUUAAUUUUGUUAAAGAGAGAGUUCACCUAAAAAUGAAAAUUAUGUCAUCAUUUACUCACCUUAACGUCAUUCCACCUUUCAUUCAUCUUUGCAACACACAUGAAGAUAUUUUAAUGAAAUCUCAGCGAUUUCUGUCCCUCCAUUGACAGCUACGCAACUACCACUUUGAAAUAGUUCGUAAAGAGAUCGUAAAACUAAUCCAUAUGAAUUGAGCAGGUUAUUCCAAAAUUUUCUGAGACACGAUCACUUUAUGUGAUGAACAGAUUUAAUUUAGUUUUUUAUUCACAUAACUUUUAUCAGCGAACAUAUGCAGAAGCUCGUGAACAAACCUCUUGUGGAAGCUCAAACGUGCUGAGUAACGCAUGCACCUCAUUGGUUCUCGCACACAUCAAGCAAACAUGCUUGAGCUUCCGUUUACCACAACUGAUCUGUGCGUUGAUGAAUGUUUAUAUUUGAAUAAAAGCUUAAAUUAAAUCUGUUCGUCACAUAAAGCGAUCGAAAAUUUGGAGUUAACCCGCUCUCUUUAUAACAUCUCUUUAUGAACUUUUUGAAGCGUCAAAGUGGUAGUUGCGUAGCUGUCAAUGGAGGGACAGAAAUCGCUGAGAUUUCAUUAAAAAUAUCUUCAUUUGUGUUCCGAAGAUGAGUGAAAGUCUUAUGGGUUUGGAACAACAUGAGCGUGAGUAAAUGUUGACAGAAUUUAAAUUUUUGGGGUGAACCGUCCCUUUAAGAGUAUCAUUGUCAUUGUUUUGCAUUUAAUAACCUCUAAAAUAAUCAAAAAGAACCAAAGUAUCAUAAAAAUGAGUCACAUGAUACUUUAGUUCUUUUAUGUUCAUUUUAUUCCUUGAAAAAUUAAUUCCCCAUUUAUCAAUGUGGCAUGGAAAAGAGUGAUCUGUCUAUUCUUCUGAAAUUCCUUUUUAUUUUUAUUUAUUGCAAAAACGUUGUGCACAUUGGAAUGACAUGAGGGCAAGUAAAUAAGAAAAUUUUAUUUUCAAGUGAACUAUUCCUUUAAAGAGUGGGACUAUUCUCAAAUCUAAUGAUAUGCACUGUUGAAAAUAUGUUGAAUCGUGGUUGUUACACUUUCACCACAAAGUCGAUGGCAGUAGGAUCACAGAAAUAUCUUCUGAUGAGACUAGAUGCACACGCACUUUUGCUCAGCGUCUUACUAUAUAAGUGCACUACUUUGACUAACUGCACUGCUCGUGAGUGUACCGAGAACAUGGCGCAUGAUUCGCAAUCCAAGUAUGCGUUCCUUUUGCGUACUUUUGAGUUCACUUGACCUUAUUUGAAAGCUGCAUAGUGCACUUCUGUGGUUGAGCUGUAUUAACAUGUGAACAGCUUUGUGUGUUUUCUAAUGCCAUGUGUAGUGCUCAGGAGAUGAGACCCCCAAAAAAGCAAGCUAAAAAUGACUGUUAGUCUUUGAAAAUGCAAAAUAUAUUUUAGGUCUGUAUUUUAUAAUGGCAGAAAAAUAAGAGGAUCUCUAAAAUGUAUUUAUAAAUUACACUGAAUCAAAUAUGUUGACGGUUAUUGCAUUGAUGAGGGUUUUUGGCAGGGCUAUUAUUUCAAGUUCUGCAGUCGAGAACUUUUUAGUUAAAAUUCUUGCAUUACUAUAAAAAUGUAUGAUAUAUAUAUAUAAUAUAUAUAUAUAUAUAUAUAUGCUUAUUUUAGUUUUACUUGACCCUGCAUUUAUUAUGAAAUGUCUGUGAACCUUUCCAACAGCAGAUUGUAAUUCUAAUCUCUUGCUAUUGUAAUGCUCAAUAAAACUGGGAUAUGGCGUGCA